AUGCACCCCUCCGAGCUCCUCUACCCCGGCGACCGCGCCCUCUUCACCUUCACCGAACGUCCCCCUCACAGCACCAAACAAUCCCGCUGGUACUUCGGCAUCUCCUCCCACACUUCGGACGGCCACACCCCCGACCUCCACAACCCCUUCCACCCCGACCACCAAUGGAUCAUCUACGAGUGCAUUCCUGUACAAACUGACCAGACCUCCUCCCAGCCCGCGCAACCGCUCACAUCCUUCGCCGUCCACCGCCCCAUUAACGAUGACCGCCCCCUAUCAACUCUCAACGUCCUCCUCCCCUCCUCCCAGCCCCCGUUCCUGGGCGCUGUCACGACGCAAAUAAUCCGCGACCAAUGGCAGGCUAGUUUCCACCUUCUCUGUCAUCUCGACGACAAACUAUGGUUCUGGGUGAGGGAUAACUUGGUCCAUCACUUCUUGACGGGAAAAAGUAUAGAAGCAGAGGACGGAAUCGUCAAAGACGGGCAGGACUUUGUGAAGAUCGUGCUGGCGGAGGGGAUGAGGGAUGAGGGGAUUAUUAGUGAUGAGGAGUUUGAUGAGUGGUGGGAGAGUGUGUAUUGCUAUUAUAAGGAAUAUAGGGAGGUGAAGGGGUUUGAGGUUGGUCGUGUGAGGGAGAGGGAGGAGGGUGUUGGUGGUGAUGGGGCUGGGAAUGGGGUUGGGCAGAGGAGUGGUGAGAGGAUGCCGGGGAGGUUAGGGCCGGAGGGGGUGGUGGUGUCGCCGGUGCCGAUGAUCCUGCCGAUGCCAACGCCGAGGCGGUCAGGGGGGAGAGUUGGAAGUGGAAGAGGAAGGGAAAGGGGAGGGGGUGGAGAGGACGGGGUUCCAGGCAGUUCUGAUGGAGGUUAGGGUGGUUAGGGAAGUCGCGAACGGGGACAAGAACGUCCCGGGUCGCAGAUGUGAGCCCUCGUCUUGUCAUCGCCAGGACAGCUGAUAAGGAAAGGAGUAAUCACGAACCGCAGCUCCCCAAGCGCUUUCAAUUUCCAAAGGCGAAAUCAUGGUAGCGGUGAAACAACACUGGCGUUCUUGCCUCACAUGCCCUGACUGCAGAGGAAGUAGGUGCCUGGACUUUGGUGGUUGUGAUGUCGUAAUUAGCGCUCAGGCUCC